GAAAUAAGAAUAUUUCGACCCUAAACCUCCCACCCCCACGCGGCCUCCUCUCUGGUGGCUUCCCCCUUUCCACGUUCCCUAAUGACCUCUACCAUCAAUGCGCCACCACCGCCACCAUUUAUAGCAUUGCCCCCAAAUGCUAUUCGGAUUCUAUUCUACAUCAAUAACUCAUGAACUCUCUAAUCAACAAUAUCGUCAUCAGCGGCAGCCUCAUUUCUCGAAAUGGUAAAGGCCCUCAAAUUCCAAUCCCCACCCCUGAUUCGCUUUUCCAAAAUCUCUAGAAGUUGCUGCCCUUUACCCAUCUCCCUCUUUUUCUCCUCACAACCGGUUCAACAACAAAAUCUAGAACAAGAGCAUCAUAGCUCAUCCAGCUUAGUCUCUAGAGUAUGCGAAAUCCUAUCCAAUCGGAGAGUCGAUUGGCGGCGAAGCUCGGAGCUAGAGUCCUUGAGCUUGAAGCUCAAACCUCACCAUGUUGCCAAAAUAAUCGAAACCCACAAUAGCACCGACUUAGUUUUACAGUUUUUUUAUUGGGUUUCUAAGAGGCCUUUCUACAAACAUGAUUUGAGCUGUUAUGUUUCUAUGUUGAAUAGGCUGGUUAAAAAUAAGAUUUUUACGCACGCUGACCAUGUUAGGAUUCUUUUGAUUAAAGCCUGUAGGAAUGAGGGAGAACUUAGAAAUGUUCUUGAUUUUUUGAAUGAGAUUAGUAAAAUGGGUCUUUCUUUUAGUCUGUACAGUUUUAAUACUUUGUUGAUUCAAUUGGGCAAGUUUGAUAUGGUGGUCAUGGCUCAGAAUGUGUAUAAGGAAUUGUUGAAUAGUGGGAUCAAACCAAAUUUGUUGACUUUGAAUACCAUGAUUAAUAUCUUCUGUAAGAAGGGGAAGGUUGAAGAGGCUGAAAUUAUAUUGAGUCGCAUUUACCAGUAUGAAAUGUUGCCAGAUGUGUUCACGUACACAUCAUUGAUUCUUGGGCAUUGUAGAACUAGGAAUUUUGUUAAGGCGUUUGUUGUUUUUGAUCAGAUGGUGAAGAAGGGCAUUGAUCCAAAUUCGGUAACAUAUACUACUCUUAUCAAUGGGCUAUGUGAAAAUGGAAGAGUGGACGAGGCACUGGGCAUGAUAGAGGAGAUGAUUGAGAAUGGGAUUGAACCAACCAUAUAUACCUACACGGUGCCUAUUACUGCAUUGCUUGCAGUUGGGCGCAUGAAUGACGCUAUCAAUCUAGUUGCUAGCAUGAAAGAGAGAGGUUGCCAUCCCAAUGUUCAGACCUAUACUGCUCUUAUUAGUGGGUUGGGCAAAUCCAGUCAACUUGAGGUAGCUGUUGGAUUGUACCAUAAGAUGUUGAGAAAGGGCUUGAUGCCAACGGCAGUCACAUACAAUGCUUUGAUAAAUGAAUUGUGUGAUGGUGGGAAACUUGAUACUGCAUUUAGAAUUUUUCAUUGGAUGGAGGGACAUGGUUACUUGCCAAAUGCUCAAACCUAUAAUGCAAUGAUAAAAGGACUCUGCAUGAUUGGAAAUAUUGAGAGGGCGAUGAUUCUAUAUAACGAAAUGCUGAAGGUGGGUCCUGCACCUACAGUGAUUACGUACAACACUCUCAUUAAUGGAUACCUGGAAAGGGGUUGUCUGGACAAUGCUAUGAGAUUAUUAGAGGUGAUGAAGGAAAGUGGUUGUCAACCAGAUGAAUGGACAUAUGCAGAACUUGUUUCAGGUUUUUGCGAAAGGGGGAAGCUUGAUAUGGCUUCUGCACUUUUUCAGGAAAUGAUGCAACGAGGUUUGAGCCCAAAUCAGGUGAACUACACCACUUUGAUCGAUGGCCUUUGCAAGGAAGGGAAAGUUGAUGAUUCGCUGAUAUUAUUUGAAGGAAUGUUCAAGAGUGGUUGUGAUCCAGAUAUUGAGACUUACAACUCGGUUAUAAAUGGUUUGUCGAGAGGGAACAGGCUUUCUGAAGCAGAGAAACUAUGCAAUAAGAUGGUAGAAAGUGGACUUCUUCCAAACGUGAUAACCUACACAACUUUAAUUGAUGGUCUGUGUAAGAAUGGUGGAACACAUCUUGCAUUCAAGAUUUUCCAUGAAAUGGAGAAAAGGAAUUGCUUACCAAACUUGUACACUUAUAGUUCACUAAUCCAUGGAUUAUGUUUGGAAGGUCAGGCUGAUCGUGCAGAGAUGUUACUUGAAGAAAUGGCGAGCAAAAAGUUAUCUCCUGAUCAGGUCACAUAUACUUCAUUGAUUGACGGGUUUGUCACUCUGGGUAGAUUAAAUCACGCAUUUGAACUUCUUCAUCUGAUGGUACAUGCGGGCUGCAAACCUAACUACCGAACAUUCUGUGUGUUGCUGAAAGGGUUGCAAAAGGAAUGUCGGAUGCUUGCAGAAAAAGUUGCAGUCCAACAUGAAACAGUCUACAGCUGCAAUGCAGAUGAAAAGGAUUUUACAUAUGAUACUUUAUGUAAUCUCCUAGUUAGGUUGUCCGAGAUUCACCAUGAACCUUCUGUUGAUACAUAUUGCUGUUUAAUUGCUGGCCUCUGUAGAGGUGGCAAAUUGUAUGAGGCAGAACAGUUGGUUAAAUAUAUGAAAGAGAAAGGGCUAAGUCCUAAUGAUGCAAUUUAUUGCUCUCUCCUCAGUGCUUACUGCAAGUAUUUGAGAAUGGAGCCUGCUCUAGAAGUAUUUAAUUUAUUAGUUGUCAGAGGUUACAAUCCUUCUUUAUCAAUUUAUAGACAACUUAUUUCCUCUCUUUGCAAGAUAAAUUGGGUCAAAGAGGCCGAAAUUUUGUUUGAGAACAUGCUUGAGAAACAAUGGAAUACUGAUGAAAUUGUUUGGACUAUCUUGCUUGAUGGAUUGCUCAAGGAGGGGGAAUCGAAAGUAUGCUUGAAGCUUCUUCAUACUAUGAUCUCUAAGAAUUGCUCUAUCAGUUUGCAAACAUAUGUCAUGCUGGCAAGAGAAUUAUCCGAAGUUGACCAAACUAUUGAUAUGAACCAAGUUGCUGAUAAAUUGCAAAGCCUGAGAAAGAAAAAACCAGGCUGAAGUCUUCAUUUUAAUGAAUUGACCGCGUAGAAAACAUAUUGCCUUCUCUUGGAAGACAGAUCCUCCUGUACAUCGUCCCUUGCUAUUUCACUUGAUUCUAAUGGCCCUUUUGCAGCAUCUGUAAAUAUAAUUUUUGAGCUGCAAUCUAUGAUCAAUGAGUGGUUGACUGUUUACAGAAGAACUCACCUAACUAGGAUCACCAACACUUGGGGUCUGAUUCAGGGAAUUUGUCAUGAUGACAGGACGAGGGAGAUGUACCCUGUAUUGAACUUAUCAUUUCAGGUUGCUAUUUUACAGCUACGAAUGGAUACCUGUAUACACAGUUAAUCUCAUCACAAAUCGUACAAGAGUGAUGAGAUAAGAACAACAAUUUUGUACAGAUUUGUUCUGCUCUUGUAUUGCUGGGGCAAAGUUUACUGAGAAUGUCAGGUUUGAUCUGAAAUUAUUCGGGAAUAUAGCUACAAUCCUAACAUUAUGCGGUGUUACAAGUAAUGCCGUGGCUGAGAGACUACUUUUAUAGAUGGGAGAGUUGGUUAAACGGCCUAGUCAAGCAAUGUAUUUGGUUAAGUAUCCUUCUCUUAAUGUUUUCUGGUCAAAUAGCCUCCAAUUAUGAAAUACAAUAAACAAACAAUGUCAAAUGUCAUAAAUAUCCCCACCAUGGGAAAAGACUCUUUAACACCCAUAUCAAUCCAAUUAAUUCCCAAAUUCA